UUUCAGUGAGGAGUAGAAAUCACUGGUCGUUUCGGGCAGAAUGGAGACCUCAGGAUUCACUACAAGUGCAACCACGAUUGCGGCAACGACCAUGACAACAACAACAACAACGAUGAUGGGGACAACAUCGACUACGAGUGGCUUCAUCAACUUUGCGGAUCAGAGUAAACCCUACUUUACACCCCUGGACUAUGGAUUGUUCUUCUUUAUGUUGACGGUGUCGGGAUGUAUUGGAAUUUAUUAUGGUUUUUUUGCUAAGCAAAAACAGGACAAUACCGAGGAAUACAUCCUGGGAAGCAAGCAGAUGAAGGUUCUUCCCAUUGCUGCCUCAAUGAUUUCUGGCCACAUUUCAGGAAUUACAAUGCUUGCUGUCCCGGCAGAUGUGUAUGCAAAUGGCAUCCAAUAUGUUAUGUCCUUCAUCCCCAUGAUUAUUAUUGCACUUGCACUCAACUACCUCUACUUGCCGGUUUUCUAUGAGCUUGGGUACGCGUCCUCGUUUACGUAUCUGGAAAAGCGUUUCGACCGAAAAGUGAAAAUCACGGCUAGUUUGGUGUAUGCACUGGACCGGAUUCUUAUCUUACCCAUCAUCAUGUACGCUCCAGCAUUGGCUUUGAACCAAGUAAGCGGUUUAAAUGUGCAUUAUAUCUGUGUUGCAAUAUGCGUUCUCUGCAUAUUUUAUACUACGGUUGGUGGAUUCAGAGCUGUGGUUUGGACCGACGCUAUUCAAUUUAUAUCGAUGGUUGGCUCCGUCCUUGCUGUAUUGUGUUUCGGGACAAAAGCUGUUGGAGGCUUUGGCCAAGUUUUCGAGAGUGCCGAACGAGGAAACCGAUUAAAUUUUCUAGAGUUAACCCCGAAUCCCUUGGUGAGGAGCUCGAUAUGGACAAUUAGUUUUGGUUUGACCACCAUGUGGCUGGCACAGAAGAGCACGAGUCAAAAUACAAUACAGAAGUGCUUGUCACUUCCGAGCAUUGAGAAGGCCAAAACGUGCGUUUGGCUAUUCAGCAUUGGAACGGUUUUAUUGAAAACCUGUUCAUGUUACAUUGGGAUUUUAAUGUAUUCAGUUUACGAACAUUGCGAUCCGUUUUCGACGGGAAUCGUAAAAAAGCUGGAUCAAAUGCUACCAUAUUUCACAAUGACUAUUGCGAAGGAUGCAUUCGGUCUGCCUGGAUUAUUUAUAGCUGGAAUAUUUAGUGCAGCACUUGCAACAAUGUCAUCGUCGCUGAAUGCUCUGGCUGGGACACUUUUCGAGGACAUCAUAAAACCCUACACCAGCGAUUUCAGCGAAAAGGCACGCAGCAAUGUGAUGAAAGGUAUUGUCGUGUGUUUGGGGGUUGUUACUAUUUUGCUGGUGUUUGUAAUUGAGCGGCUUGGCAGCAUAAUGCAUUUAGGCUACUCGUUGCAUGGCUUAACUUCGGGAGCGUUAUUGGCCUUAUUCACCGUUGGCAUGCUAUCACGAACUGUAAAUGCUAAGGGCAUAAUUGCUGGUAGCACAGUCUCAAUGAUAGUUGUCGGCAUCAUCCUCGUAGGAGCGCAGUCAAAUCCAAAGCAACCCCCGUUGCCAUUCAGCAAUGGUCAAUGUCCCGAAGUGUUAUUAAACUCGACGCUUCACAUGGCCCAAGUUUGGCAGAAACAAGGCGCUAAGCAUGUCGAAAUCUUCUGGCUCUUCCGUAUUAGUUUCAUGUAUUAUUCACUAAUUGGAUUUCUCGCUUCUGCUCUGGUGGCAUAUGUUGUGAGCAAGUUCACAGGAGGAUGCGAGGAUAUCGAUGAACGACUUUUGGCUCCGUAUAUCAGACGCGGUGGAAACAAUGACGAUAAAUUCUCUGGUAAAUAUGAGUAUAAUACAGUGGAAUUCGCUCUGAAGAAGGUCGUGGUAAAUGGAGAUGAUAUUGAGAAAGAGCACAAGGAAGCGGAAUCAAAAUAAUCGGAUUUGUACUAGGUUGUUGUAUUGUGUACAUAGUCCAAUAAAUCUAGGUUAACUUC